ACAGCUUGUUCUCCUUAAGACAAGAUUUUAUGCCAAAUUUCCUAAGCGAAUCAGAGCAUGAAGACUCAUGGUCACUUAGUAGUGGUGAUUAUGGGAAUAACCAGCAGGAUGUAGAGGAGGACAAAACGCAGAAGCAGAGGGAGCUGAUUAACGGUGAAGAAGACAACGGACGGAAGUCAUGCCGGUGCAGAAGGGAAGCCAAAGGAGGCGCCAUCCUUGUAGAUAGUGAGGUCGAGCUGGCUUCUGACAAACGCAGCUUCUCUGCAGGUGGAAUUAAUGAAGGGUAUGGAAACUCCCAAUCUUUACUCAAAGAUGUAGAAACCGUGGAAGGAGUGGCAGACAGCAUUGAUGAUGGAGUAAAAACGGAUGGGAUAGUAGAUAGCAGAAAGGAUGGACUGCAUGGGGGUGGUUUGAAUUCAAAAAUUGACAGCCAAAUAAUAGAAAGUGAAGAAGCAAACAAGGAGUAUGUGGGCCAGGGAGCCGAGCACAGCAAUUGGAGGACGGGCCUUUGUCUCAAAUGGCCCAAUGGCAAAGGAGUAGCACGGGCUUUUGUAGGUGGAUCAAUUGGAGACAGCAGCAUAGAAAACUGUAAUAGACUACUGAAGACACAACCAAGCCGAAAAAUUGCAAAAGAUCUGUGGGACUUUGCUAAACAAUUGGGAGUGAUAGCCGAGAAUGAGGAAGUGAUGAUCAAGAAUUUGGAAGAAAUGGAGAACAGAGACAGAAAAGCCAAGGCAGCAAGUUCGGAUAAGAAGGAAACCAAAAUGGGAAUGAUUGACAAAAGAGAUUGCAGAUCAGUGUGGGGAAUAGAUGAGGUUGACUGGGUAGCAAAAAAUGCAGAAGGUAUGUCGGGUGGAAUUCUUUGUGUAUGGAACCCUAGCACCCUUAAAAAAAAGAGAGUAUUGGAAGGGGAGUACUGUAUAGGUAUUGAAGGGGUGUGGGGAACAGAGGAGGUCCCUGUGUGCAUAAUUAAUGUGUAUUCACCUUGCCAAAUAACGAAUAAAAGAGCAUUGUGGACGGAAUUGAAGAAUAUGGUGACAGGAGGGGGGAGUAUGUGGUGUGUUGUGGGGGAUUUUAAUGCUAUUCGGAGAAUUGAGGAAAGGUGGGGAUGUAGAAGUGUGCCAACUGAAAUGAGAGAGUUUGAUUGUUUUAUUCAAGAAACUAAGUUGAUUGACCUUCCCCUUGCCGGUAGGAAGUUCACCUGGUACCACUCAAAUGGGAAUCAAAUGAGUAGAAUUGAUAGAUUCUUAUUGUCUGAAGGAUGGCUUUCAAAAUGGUGCGACACUAAACAAUGGGGAUUAACCAGAACAGUGUCAGACCAUUGUCCAAUAAUGCUGAAAGUCAAUAAAACAAAUUGGGGACCUAAGCCAUUCAAGUUCUUUGAUGCUUGGCUCGAUGACCAAGGGUGUAGAGAGUUGAUUUCGGAGGUUUGGAAUAAUGAAAAAACCCAAGGGUGGGCAGGAUUCAAGCUAAAAGAAAAGCUGAAGGCAACUAAAAAUGCCCUACGGGAAUGGAGUAGAAAUUUUGUUGAACAAGUGGAUGCCAAAAUAAAUUCUUCUAGAGUGGUGAUUGAACAACUUGAUUUGAAGGGUGAACAAGGCCAACUCACGAAAGAGGAAAUUAACAAAAGAAAGGAGGCACUCCUAGAUAUAUGGAAAAAUAUGAAUACCAAAGAGAGAAUGGCACAACAGAAGUCAAGGAAAACCUGGUUGGUUAAUGGGGAUGCAAACACCAAGUUCUUCCACAAUUGUGUCAAAGGCAAAUGGAGAAUCACAGAAAUGAACAGCAUACAAAUCAAAGAUUCUCAACUGGUUGAGCCUACCAUAAUGAAAGAAGAAAUUGCAAAUUUCUUUGAAAACAUGUUCAAAGAGGAGAACUGCGAAAGACCAAAACUGGAGGGCAUCAGUUUUCAACAGAUAACAGAGCAAGAAAAUGCAUCACUUGUAGCUCCAUUUUCAGAAGAUGAGAUCAAAGCAGCAAUGAUAGAAGAAUACAGGCUCAUAUCCCUUAUUGGUGCUGUGUACAAGAUCUUUGCCAAACUAUUAGCCAAUCGACUCAAAAAAGUACUUGAUCAAGUGAUUGGCAAGCAGCAAAUGGCAUUCAUAAGUGGAAGACAACUAAUGGAUGGGGUUGUGAUUGCAAAUGAGGUAGUAGACGAAGCGAAGAAAAAGAAAAGGAAGAGCUUCCUAUUUAAGAUUGAUUUCGAGAAGGCUUAUGACAAAGUGUGUUGGAAGUUCCUUGAUUAUAUGAUGCAAAAGCUGGGGUUCUGCGCUACUUGGAGAAGGUGGAUCAUGGAGUGCUUGAGAACUAGCCAAGUUUCAGUGUUGAAGGGACUACUGGAGGGUGUGGAGGUAGGAUCCAAAGGAUUCAAGGUAUCACACCUACAAUUUGCAGACGAUACAAUACUUUUUGGCCCUACAACGGAGCAAAAUGUCUGGGCAAUGAAAGGCAUUAUGAGAUCAUUUGAGCUUGUUUCGGGCUUGAAGGUUAAUUUCAACAAAAGUCAACUCCUGGGUAUUGCGGUGAAUGAGGAGUGGCUUGAGAAAAUGGCAUGGGUGUUAUGCUGCAGAAAAGGUAAUUUCCCAUUUAAAUACCUUGGAGUCCCUAUUGGUGGAAGUCAUAGAAAGCUGCAUUUGUGGAAGCCAUUGGUGGAUGUUUUCUCAAAAAAAUUGUCUACAUGGAAAGGCCGAUUCUUAUCUCUUAGUGGAAAGAUAACUCUUAUUAACUCAGUGCUGUCUAGCUUGCCCGUAUUCUGGAUGUCGAUGUACCGGAUCCCAUCAGGUACGAUUCUUGCCUUAGAUAAAAUUAGAAGAUGUUUCCUGUGGGGAGGGGCUGAGAAGGGGAAAAAAAUUAGAUGGGUGAGCUGGAAGAAGGUAUGUAAGGAAAAAGAAAAUGGCGGCUUGGGAGUGAAAAAUCUAAGGAAAUUUAACUUAGCAUUAUUGGGAAAGUGGUGGGGGCGAGUAAUAGAGGAAGAGGGUAGAUUGUGGAAGGAAGUUAUAAGUGAGAAGUAUGGAAUAGGAGGGGAACAUAGCUUCAAUUGGUUAAGGGAAGGGGUUGGCUCGGGUUCUACAUGGUGGAAGGACAUUUGGAAAGACAAUAAGAUUUCACAAAUGGGAGAUUGGUGCAGUGACAAAUGGAAGUGGGAUAUAAAAUGGAGAAGGGAAUUAUACAGCUGGGAAGAGCAACAAGUCGCUGAACUCUACAAAGAUAUCCAAGAUGCCCCGAUGGAAAAAGGAAAAAGUGAUCUGCGAUUAUGGACCCAUAGCAAAGAUGGGAAAUAUUCUACAAGAUCAGCUUACAAAGUACUCACUAUGGAGCCAGACGGAGAGCAACGACACUCAAUUCACAAAAGGACUUGGAACCCAAUUGUGCCAAGCAAGAUUGCAACAUUCUCAUGGCAAUUAAUCCAAGAUAAGAUACCAACAAGAGGAAACUUGCUAAGAAGGGGCGUCAUUCAGGACCCUGCAGAAAAUUGCUGGGGAGUGUUUGAGCAACACAGCUUCUUACUCAAAAUAGAGGCGGUGAAAGAAGGCUGGGAAUGCAUUUGGUUUGCUAUGGUGUGGACAAUUUGGUUGGCUAGGAACGAGCAAAUAUUCACAGGGAAAGCACAGAAGGAAGGAAGGUUAUUUGAGUUAAUCCAACUACCAAGAAAAAAAGAUGACAAAUGGCAUAAAAUUGAAGAGUUAAUACAGCAUAGGAACUCCAGAGCCAAAUAUAUCAAGAAGGGAGGUUAUGGCAUUCUGGAAGGGCUGAGCAUUUCUGAAUCCCGACAUGGACGUGGUGUCGACACUUUAUUCGGGUGUCGACACCAGAAGGAAGAGCUGGGCCAAAUGUGUCGACACGGACAUGGUGUCGACACAUAAUAUAGGUAUCGACACCAAACGGAAGAGCUUUUUCUCUAUCUCUUUACUUUUCAAAUUGAGAUAUUUACAGGUUUAGGGUACCCCUUGUACUCUGUUUCAAUAAAUAUCACUUUUGCUU